AUGUCUGUAAGUAAGCAGAGAGCCGAUAAAGAGCUUCCAGCAGCUGAUAUCUCUGUUGAUGAAUUCAUUGGAUUUUUCUCCCAAAAGAACAUUAGCCUCGAAGUUGGGGUUGCCUUGACUGGGGCUCAUAGCCUAGGCAUAGGCCAUUGCCAAAACUUCGAGAAGCAGCUGCAGCCGGUAAUAGAUCCCACAUUGUCACCUUCCUUAACAGUCAUGCUACAGAUGAUCUGCAGCAGUCCAUCUCUAUCAGACGAGACUUUCAUGACAAAUGAUGCCACUACCUUCUUAUUCGAUAACUGCUAUUUCAUUGACAUCCUAAAUGGGAGAGAACAUUUGAAGAUUGAUUCUGAGAUUUCAAGAGAUCAGAGGACACUGCCUUAUGUGGUUGCGUUUGCAAAGAACCAGAAGUGGUUUUUUAAUAGUUUCUUGUCUGGAUUUAUGAAGCUCUCAAGCCACAAGGUUCUAGUGGGAGAGGAGGGAGAAAUAAGGAGGGAAUGUAGGUUUGUAAACAGUUACUAG